UACUGUAUAUCAUAUUAUAAUAUAUAUAUAAUAGUUCUUAAUGCAUUGAAGUUGGAGUUGAACUCCUCAUGCUCCAACAGUAGUUUAAAUAAAAUGAACAACAGCCCAAAUCCCUUUUGGAUCUCCAUUCCUCUACACAUAUUUUCUACUAAAUAUAUAUGUUUUUUCACACUAGUGUGAUGUAAAAGUGUUGAGCUGAAUUGUUACUAUAACUGUUAUAAAUAUAGUGUCAAAAAAGUAUAUUUAAAUAUAAAUAAAUAAUAAAUAGUUCCCCCUGACAUCCAUAAAAUAGCUCAUGGAAACCUCAAAAUUGUACUUGUAUAUAAACUUGGGUAGUGCUACAGCUCGCGCCCUCCUCGAGGUGCAGAAAUGCGCGUGCUCGUGUUGCUAUGGCAACGUGUGUUUGAGACAGGCAGCAGGACUGAAGUGGUGGACUCCUCUGGUUCAAGUGCUGCUGACCAGGCUCCUCAAAACGACCGAAACAUUGCCUGCGUCUCUGUGCUAUUUAAGCAGCAUACACGAUGCCACCUAAAAACAAAGGCACAAGUAAAAAGCCUGCAAAGGUGAGGACGCCCACGCUGAUAGAUGGCCUCACCAAGGAGGAGAUGUCCAAGGAGCAGCUGGAGGAGCACAUUGCACGCCUUCGAGAGGAGCUGGAUAGAGAGAGGGAGGAGAGAAACUACUUUCAGCUGGAGAGGGACAAGAUCCACACCUUUUGGGAGAUCACAGAACGACAACUAGAGGAGGUCAAGGCUGAACGGAAAAACUUAGAUAAGGACAUAGAAGAGGAUGAGGGGCGCCACCAAAUUGAGAUCAAGGUGUAUAAGCAGAAGAUGAAGCACCUCCUUUGUGAACAUCAGAACACAAUCUCUGAGUUGAAAGCAGAUGGUUUAGUAUCUAGGGAGAUGAUGCAGAAAGAGCAAGAACACUUGGAGACUGAGCUUCAUAAAGAAAUGACAGCCAUCAUGGUAGACAUGCAGGAGCUCGACAAUGAAAACCUUGUCAAGGAGCUUGAACUGAAACAUAAUGAAGAAAUGACUAAAACAAGGAACAGCUGGGAGAAGCAACUCACAGAUAUUCAAGCAAAGUAUGAGAAAAAGAUGGAGUUUUUACCCCAAGAGCUGGACAACAUGAGGAAAAAUGAGCUCAGUGAGCACGAGGAUCAUUGGAACAGCCACAUCACCGCUCUUAUAGAAGACCACAACAAAGCUUUCAGUGAUGCUAAUGCACUUGUUAACCACAUGCAGCAGGAUUUGGAUAUGAACGAGUCACUCAAGACACAAAUUAAAGACACCAAGGCGAAACAGAAGGAAAAGGAAAAGGACCUGGUACCUGUUUUGCAGGAUAACAAACAUCUCGCUAAGCUUCUCUCGAAAGCCGAAGAGGAAAACGCUGAAAAUCAGAAAAAAAUUAAAAACUGCACGACAAAAAGGGAUUCCAAUCAAAAGGUCAAAGAAAAGGAGCUGAAUGAUCUGAAAUGGGAUCAUGAGGUGAUGGAACAGAAAUUCAGCAAGCUUCAGCUGGAACGAGACGAGUUGUACAAGGCGUUCACUCAGAAUAUUCACAAGUUGCAGCAUAAAGCAGGUUUGAAGGGUGUGCUGCUUGAAAGGAAACUGAAAGCUCUGAUAGACAGCCUGGAGAAGACACAAGCUCAGCUCGACUCGGUGCUUUCUGCCUCAAACAUGGACCAAACUGCCCUCGUUGGGGUCACUAAGAAAAUUGAGGAAAAUCUUGACUCCAGUAAUAAUUCCAUCAAGAACUUGCAGUAUAAAAAAGCUCAGGUUUCCAAGGCCCGUACAGAUUUGCUGCUGACCUACGAAGCAAAGCAAAGGGCUCUUGGUGUCCCUCUGGAGGAGCGUUGUGUAAAGCCCUUUGAGAGCAGUAUUGCUUCGAGAGGCCUAGAACAAGGGUUGGGUUUUUCCCUAAAAUGAGAAGCAACGAACCCAAAGACUGAAACAUUUACAGCAAAUCUCACUUUCUUUGCAUCUGAUCUCACUACAAUUUGACAUGUUUCUCAUACUUUCCUAUGAUAUAAAUGUUGAUGUUCAGUGACACAAAAAGAAAUAUUGUUUUCUCCUUCUCAUAAUGAUGACUUGGUAUCUUGAGAAAACAAUGGUCGGGGAGUUUAGAGUUAAAGGUCCAUCAUGCCCUUGAUUCACGCUUCUUUCCAAAGGCAGAGAUAAGUAAUUACAGGCACAGAUGUUAACAAAAAAGGCUUAAGUAUUUUCAGGGCUGACCAACAAACUGUGUAACAGAUCAAAAGGUUGUGAUGUCUUAAUUAUAUACCUUUUGUAGGCUGCUUACUUUACCUCAACAAAACUCAUUACUAUAGACCAAAUAGAAUGGCUAAAAGCUGCUUUACAGGACAUAUUCAGCUACUUUUGUUCUGGUUUCUGAUCUCUGUUGUAGUUUUUAUUAUUUCUUUGAUGAAACAGAUAUCAAAAGGACCAAAUAUGUAGAUACUGUGAUUUUGAGAUGGAGAGUUGAGCAAAUUCCUGUUCACCUCAACUGAUAUGAAGUGCUGAAAGACUAGAUGAGCCGAACUCUGGAGUAGUCUCAGGGUUCCCACUCGUCCUGAAAAAUCUUUUGUUGUCCUGGAAAAUUAUUUGGCUGGUAACUGGUUUUUAUUAGGUUUAUAGAUAACGUUUUCUUCUCAACUUGUUUUAAAUGGUUGAAUAAUAUUUAAUUGGUUAAACGGUUUAAGGUUUGUAUUUCAACUCUGGCUAGAAACAAUGGUUUCAAAUAUGUUGGGUAUUGUUGAAAAAGUUGGAUAAGAAUUAAUUGUAAUCCUGUGGUCAAAACUAUGAAUGGGCUGUAUGGCCCAGCUGUAUGUGCAUCAAACUCCGGCUCACAGCACUUUUUGUACCGUUACACUGCCUUUGGGCUCAGGAACACAGUGACUUAAGAAAGUUAAGGUUCAACAGAAUGCUGGGAUUUGUUAGUCUGCAAAAUUGUAGGCUAUUAUUGGUGUUGAGCCUAUUUAGUUAUUGGUGUUAAGGCAGCAGUGGUUGAAAUAUAAUUCAUAAGAAAAGCACUUGCCAAGUAGACAAACACAAAACGCUUUCUAAAAGAAACAAAAAAAGGGCAAUACUACAAAAAAUAAUGUUAAAACAAGACAAUAUCGCUUUGUCAUAAUUUCUACACAUGUAAUAGAUGAUUUCAUAGAUAAGUUACAGCCAUAGACUAGUCUUGGAAAUCAGACUUCCGCAGAGAGGAAAGUAUUAGUGUAUGACGUGAUCCCUGUCUGUCAUACCAGCUAGAACAUCACUGAAAAUGUCCAAAAGUCCUGGAACAUGAUCUCUAGAAAACAGUGGGAACCCCUGAAUAGAGCUACUAAAAUUAAUACAGAAAUUCAAGGAAUCCAGAUCUUGUAGAAGCAACAGCAUAAAUAGUACAGUGGUUGUCCUGUAGAGGUCAUGAAUUACUGUUUUAAACCAUGUACACUGGCUUUGUGUGUCACACUGCAGCCAGUGUUAAGCACACUGUUGUUAGUUUGAACAUACAUUGUUUUAUUCUGUUUAUGGUAUUUGUCAAUUGUUUGAUUUCAAUGACCAUGCAAGAGGUGUCGCUGUCCACUUUA